AUGGUGGCAGGAAAGCCAAGCGGACAAGCAGCGCCCAACAAGACAGGCCAGCGGGCUUGGUCCAAAGUAGCAGCAGGAUCACCAAAGUCAGCCUCGCCAUCGCGGGCACCUGUCCAUGACAAGCUUGCUGCUGUCAUCGCAAAGCUGACGAACAAACGCGCCGAGGUGACACUCAAAUCUGGGCUGCGAUAUGCUGGUAUCGUCUCCCAGGUAGAUGUUGCCAAUGGACUUUCUGUCACGUUGAGGGAUGUUCAGGCGGUCAAUGUCGCAAAUGGCAGUAAAUCAGGCGCUGCGUCGACUCUCAAUGAAUUGGUGAUCAAGCCGGGAGAGCUCGUUCAAGUGCAUGGGCCUAAUGAGCAGCCGCAGCAGCAACAGCCAGCGCAUCCAUCAAGCAACACUCCCUCCAGCAUCGCAUGGAAGACGGAUGUUGAUAUCUCUGGCCGCUCAUACAUCAAAGAACGUACACUGCAAGCGUGGCAGCCCGACUCACAAGAUGAAGGCUUCUCCCUUGAAAGCGACUCGACACCGGCGCGAGGCCCUCAAUCUGCAGGCGCAGGCGUUGGUGGUAAAUGGGAUCAAUUUGCUGCGAAUGAACAGCUAUUUGGUGUCAAGUCACAGUGGGACGAAGACGUCUACACCCACAAACUCGAUACGUCACGACCUGAUUUCGCUAAACGGCAAGCUGAAGCUGCCAAGAUUGCGCGUGAGAUUGAAGGUGCAGCGUCCAAUAAUCCGCAUGUGCUUGAAGAACGCAACCUGACGGUGGACGAUUCCGGCAUGACGGAGGAAGACAAGUACAGUGGUGUCGCGCGUACAGCCAACAGAUGGAUCCCACCUGCUCAACGGGCUGCUGCUCAAGCACAAAAUAGCGGACAACCUGUUGAUCCGGCCAUCAUUAGUGCUCAAUUGGCACGGCCUAGUGCCGGUGGUCUGACACCUUCACGUGCCACUCCCUCAAGCGGCAAGGAUGACCCGAUAGAGGCAAAGCUGAUGCGUACGUUUCAAGACUUUGUUGGCAAGGAAGAGACUCGCAUUCAACAAAAGAAGGCGCAAAGUCUCAAAAAGGAGAAGGAUGGGCGAUUGCAGGACUUGCUCAAGUUUUCACAAAGCUUCAAGCUCAAAACACCUGUACCCGAAGAUUUAAUUCCCAUCUUGACAAAGGACAAGUCGAAGCAGGAUGCAAUUGUCCAAAAGUCAGCCUCCAAUUCGAGCGCCGCUUCAUCGCCCGUUGCUGCACGCCCUGUCGUGCAUCUCGGAGGCAAGCAAGAAGCAAAACCUGAGACAUUACGUGCCAAGAUUGACAAGAUGCGGGCGUCACCCGGUGGUCAGCUAAUGCCAUCGCCAAUCCGCGAACGCUCUCCUGCGAACCCAGCUGCACCUUCAGCAGCAACGCCAGCUUCCUCCACAAAGCUCAAACCAACGGCAUUUGCAUUCAAACCAUCUGCUGCCUCCUUUACUCCCUCUUUUGCCCCGCGCGGAUCUGUGGGUGUUGCAUCGAGUCCUGCCUUGUCCAACAAUAGCACCACUCAACCCCGGCAUCCGCCAAAUUACGUCGACCCAUCUCUCUUCCUGCACGACAAACAACCCCGUCCCUUUGCUGAGCGGGAGAACAUAUUGGACCACUACAACCCAUUCAAAUCCUUCAAGGAGAAGAACCCCGAAGCGCCAAUUGAUAUCGAAGCACCGCACCGGACGGAUCCUGCAUGGCCCAAUGAAGAGGAUGCCCGAGGUCUACUUGAUCCACCCACCUAUACCUUUGGGAAACCACACUCUUCAGGUAGUAACGUAACAGGUUCCUACGAUGAGUUCAAAGGUGUCAUGCCGAUGCCGAUGCCCAUGCAGCCGGGCAUGUCACCGUAUGGUGCGCCCUUUAUGCAGCCGAUGAUGGUGCAAGGACCUGGCAUGCCGCCACAAUUCAUGGGACAACCGAUGUAUAUAGGUUCACCACAGGCUAUGGCAGCAGCCGCAGCAGCUGCUGCAGCUGGCGGUAUGCCGUUUGCCGGUAUGCCACAGGGAUAUUACGGGCAACAAUUGGGAGUUCCACCGAUGAUGCCACAGCAUGCUGGAGGACAACAAGCCGGCUCGCCACAACAACCUGCUGGGUUUUAUGGUGCUAUGCCAUCUGGUGCGUCGUUUGGUGGACCGGCUGGCGGUCAAGGGCAGCAACAGGCUGGUGGGAAGCAUGGAGGACAAGGUUCAUUUGCUGGACAAUCUUUUUCUGGGCCUGCUGGAUAUGGUGGGUAUACACAACAUGGUCCUGCUGGUGGCAUGGGAGGAUAUCAAGGUGGACCUCCUCAGCAACAGCAACAACAACAACAGCCGCAGCCUCAGCAACAGAAGCAGCAGCAGCAGCAGCAACAGCAGCAGCAACGUGGCGGUCAAAGCGGCAUGACAAGCAAAACACACACUGCACAACGGUCACAAGCGACAGGCGCCCUCUCAUAG